AUGUCGAAGUGUGCCUACAGUAAUUGCGAAGUUCUUUUGGUUCCCUACAUCACUGAUGAACCCGUUGGUGCCGACGCCCUCUUGUUCCAGGCAAACGUUAUGCACCCUGUGUUUCCUAGACGACGCUCCCCCAGCCAGGUGUUCGUGUUCCUAAACAACGAGCCGCCUUUGUAUGUCCAUGCUAAAGAGAGCGUUAACGCAUUUUCUAAGCCCUAUUUGUUUAACUGGACAAUAACUUACCGAAAGGAUUCUGAUAUAUGGAUGCCUUAUGGGCAUAUUAUACAUAGAUACCAAAGCAAAGCUAAAUUUCUUGAGAAAUUGGAAUCUGGAACGUGUGAUAGAAUCCCGGAGGUAGCAAGUACAGUUGAAGUCUUCCAAGAUAAACCAUAUAAUGAAAUAUUCAAAAACAAAACGGAACACAUUUUAUGGAUAGUAAGCCAUUGUAAAACGCAAUCCAAACGUGAAAAAUAUGUAAAAGAGAUGCAGAAAUUUACAAAAGUGGACAUAUUCGGCGCUUGUUCUGGUAAAAAGCCGCCCCACGCCGAAGAAAAAAAUCGUGUUGACAUGCAAUAUAAAUUUUACUUAGCAUUUGAGAACAGUUUAUGCACGGAUUACAUAACCGAGAAAGUAUACAAGUGGUACCCACAAGACAUCAUAGUUGUUGUUCGAGGAAAAGCUAAAUAUUCCAAGUUUUUACCAAACAACACCUAUAUUAACGCAGACGAUUUCAACUCACCACGUGCGUUAAGUGAAUACCUUAAUGAACUUGGCUCAAAUGAAGAGGCUUAUACUGGUUUCCUUAAACGUAAGGAUCUCUACCACGUGGUCACAGAAAUUGAAAGCGUACAGACGGCAUUCUGCAGUCUCUGCAGGAAGCUGAAUAAUGUUGAAUUCAACAGGAAAACUAUUGAAAAUGUGACACAAUGGUGGUAUGAAACUGACAACAAGAGCAAUACAAACGAGGAGAUAAACGUAAAUAGUCAUCAUAAGUAA